UUAAAGCAAUCAAUUUUUAUAUUAAAUAAUCCCAUGGCGUCACGUCCAGUAUAAAAGCCACCCAUAAUUAAUCCAGAGAGACAUUUGUUUUAUUCCAUCCAUCACAGGACAACACAAUGAAGGCAGUUAUUCUCUUAAUGAUCGUGGGCGCCUCGCAGGCCCAAUUCCUUUUCGGAAAUAAUCCACUCUGGAAUGCUGGAUCUGUUCACCAGGAUCCCUUGUGGGCUGUUAGAUCAGCAUCUUCUGCCCCACACUGGGUUCCACAGGACACACCGGAGGUUCAAACCGCCAAAGCCGCACAUUUCGCUGCCCACGCCGAAGCUCGUUCCAGAGGGAAACGAUCCCCACAAUACCUUUUUGGAAAUAAUCCACUCUGGAAUGCUGGCGCUGUUCACCAGGACCCCUUGUGGAACAUUGGUGGAUCCCAGCCUUUCGUUCCACAAGAUACUCCUGAAGUCCAAGCUGCCAAAGCUGCUCAUUUCGCUGCCCACGCUUUAGCGAGAGGAAAAUAAAUGAAGAAUUCCAAUUGUACCAACACUUUCCAGGAAAUGAAGAUGUUUGUUGUCUCUUUUAUUUCAUUCUUUGUAUUGAUAUCCUGUUUCUUGAUUUUUUUUAAAGAUUCUAAAUAAAUCUGUAAUUGAUUACUUAA